UGACGUCAGCGACCAAGUUGAGCUCAGCGUCGGCUGUGCGCGCGCGCUAUUAAAUCACCACAACCGUUUAGUGCAUAAGCACUUGUGUGCUGUGUUUCUCGCACACGCCAUUCGAAUACAAAUGAGCCGCCGGGUGACUCGUCAUCACAUUCAGGCUGUAAUUAUGUCAUCUCCCAUCCGGAACACAGCGGCGGCGUCAGUAUGCUAAAAUGCUGGAUAGCACUUUAGUCCAACGCGAUAAACUUCGGCAACAAAGACCAGGGCCGUCUUGACAGUUCAAUGAGCGCGCUGAUUUCCGGAUCACAAGAAGACUCACAUGACGAUUAGGAUUUGCAAAAGGUUCCAAAAACGUGCAUGAUAGGAAGUGUCCACUUCAUGCUUCUUGCUAAAUAGAUGAUGCCUAAUGUAGAGCCUUGGGUAGGAACAUGGAGGCCUCACAGACCGCGAGGGCCCAUAGCUGCCUUCUAUAGCAGCCCAGGGCCAAAGUAUGCACUGCCUUCAUUGACGGGUUCGACUCUACAUGAUCCGACCAAAUACAAAGCGCCGAGUUACAGUUUUCGGGCGAACCAUGACACAGGUAAUAUGCAAGAAAUCUCGCCGGGACCGAAGCAUCUCAUCCCGUCCAACAUCACGAAAACUGGCCGGGACGGGACGCCGGCGUUUUCAUUUGGCACUCGUCCCAAAGAUUUUGCACGUCCCCAAGUGCCUGCGCCCAAUCAUUACCACCCUGAAAGUUCAGACAAGGUCACUUACCAUUCUUCUCCUUCUUAUACAUUGUCUGGAAGGUGGAAGCAAACUCCGUUUAGCAACCAGACUACACCUGGUCCAGCAUCCAACACUCUACCUCCUGUCUUUGGACCCAAAACUGUUAAUAUCCGUGCAGCACCGGCACACUCGCUCUACGGUCGAAAUAAGUUAGGCAACUUCAUGGGUGACUACUCAAAGUCUCCAGGCCCUGCAGCUUAUCAAGCCGUGGACCCCAAAAUCUACCUAACCAAAUCGCCGCAAUACAGCAUGCCGGGACGCAAGUUCAUGCCUCAAUGCGCUACGAGGACACCGGCACCCGGAGUCUACUGUCCUGAAAAGGUCACCACCGUCCACUCCAAAGCACCGGCCUUCACUUUCGGACUCCGUCAUUCGCAAUACACGAUGAACCCCAUCAUGGACGCGGACAGAUACCAACAAUCGUUCACUUUCCUCUGAGUGGGACGUUCGUUUGACGCGGCGGCAUCAUAAUGAGAUUCAUUCACGAGAUCUCGCAAUAUGACGUUUGUAAUAUUUGUCUACAAAUUGCAAACCGUGCUGUGAUUCCUCCUUCAAUUAAAGGUUAGGUUUACUAAAACCGGCCCUUGAACAGGAGGCACUUAUGAUCUUAAUAACACUGUGUACUGCAAGUAUUUUUUAUUUUGUAGUAAGUCAUCGCAGUUAUUGUUUUAUGUGCCUUAUUUUCUGGCAGAGCGACGAUCAGUUAUAUUUUUUUAUAUCGAGAAUUUUUGAAAAAAAAUAAAAACAUACCAUUAAAUUGGGCUAAGGUGAGAAUAAAUUUAACUUUUUUUUGGUUUGUUUUAUAGCAUUUUUUGUGAUAUGAAUGUAAAGUAUUUGUGUAUAUACAGUUAUUUGUGUUUAUAUGGUGAGAAUGCUGAAUAAAUAAGUCGGAAAUGAACUACGAC